UGUUUGCUGGUCCUGUUGUUGUGUUGCUGUCUAUUCUUGUCUCUGAGUCUUAUUUAUGGCCCGCCAGCUUCUGGCCCCGCCCCCUCUGCUGCACGCGCUGUCCACGCGUCCUCCCUGCGGUCUGAUUGGAUACAUACACCCGAACAGCGCGUGUCCACCAAUCAUAGAGCUCCAUCCUCCAGCGGCCGUGUGUUCACACUGUGAGCGCGUGCUGCCGCUAGGUGAGAAGUAACGGGACACCGGACCCCCCCCCCCCCCCCCCCCGGUAUAAAGCGACCAGACACUGUUUACCGACACAGAAAGCACCGACAGAAGAGCCGGUUGUCGUAUUAAUAUUAGUGUUUUAUCAUCAGUCUAUCUUCACUCUCUGUUCGUCCUUACCGGGUCGGUACCGUCAUGGUUCUGUCGGUCAACAAGCUCAGAGUGUUCCAGCUGCUGUUCUCGGACCCCGGCAGGUCCUUUUACAGCAGCGGGGACAAACUGUCCGGCUCCGUGCAGCUGGAGGCGGCGCAGCCUGCAGGCUGACCGGCCUCAGAGUCCACCCGCGCCGGCUGCGCCGCGUGGACCACCGCGGCGGGAAGAACCGCAAGAACCGGAUCCAGGAGGUGGAGUACCCCUGAAUAUGAAGAGGAGCUGCGGCUGGACGAGGAGCUGACCCGAGACUCAGAUGGCUACUUCCUGUUACCGUGCGGGAAAACGUUCAGCUUCCAGUUCGGCUUUGAGCUGCCACCGGCUGGGCGCCUCGUGUCGUCGUACAAAGGAAAGUUCGGAUACGUGCGAUACUACGUCAGGGCACAGCUGGACAGACCUUCCCAGCAUGCUUUGCAGUGUGAGAGGGAGUUUGAGGUGGAGGAGCCGCUGGACGUGAACCGACCGGACCUGCUGGCUCCGGCGGCCGCGGCGGUCCAGAAGAAGGUCACCUGUAUGUUCAUCCCGGAUGGUCAGGUGUCCAUCAGUGCUCACAUCGACAGGAAGGGCUUCUGCGAGGGCGAAGACAUCAACAUCAACGCCAAGUUUGAGAACACCUGCUCACGGAUCGUCAUCCCCAAGGCCGCCAUCGUCGCCAAACACUCAUACGCCGGACGCUCCAAGGAGGUGUGUAAGAAGCUGUCGGUGGUCCGGGGGAACCACAUCAUCUCGGGGAUGUGCGACAUGUGGCAGGGGAAGACAAUCCGCGUUCCCAGACUGAAGCCAUCGCUGCUCGGCUGUGACAUCAUCAAGGUGGACUACGCCCUGAAGGUUUACCUGCACAUCCCUGGCAGUGAGAAGCUGGAGCUGGAGCUGCCUCUGGUCAUCGGUACGAUCCCGCUCAGCGGCGUCGGCAGCCGGACCAGCAGCAUGAGCAGCCAGGCUGAGUCGCUCGGCAGCCAGGCCGGGUCCCUGAGCAGCUGGUCGUCCUUCCCCUCGGCGCCGCCCAGCUACAGUAACAUCCACAGAGACCUGCGAGUGGACGGGCCACGGACGCCACUGCUCCAUGACUACGACGGCGGGGAGGACGAGGAUGACGAGGAGGGGGGGCUGUUCAUGAGGGCGCCUGAACUGUACUACGCCCCUCCUCCCGCCUACAGCGAGGUGGAUCAGGAUGCCACGAACCCUGCUCAGGUCGUUCAGGUCUUCUGAGGUCACUUCCUGUCUGACCACAAGUCCACCGCCACGAUGGCCUGAACCCUGAACGCACCUGUCAAUCAACCCCAGGACUGCAGGCUGAGCUCAGACAACGAUGACUCAGCAGUUUCCUGACGGUGACUCAGCAGUUUAUUGAUGAUGACUCGGCGUGUUUUGUUGAGUUUUUCUUGUUGCUCGUUGAGUCGUUUGUUGGUCACAGGAAGUUGUAAAUAUGUAAAUAAGAUGUUUAUUUUUAUACGUGAAUAAUAAAUGAGUUUAAUGA